AUGUCUUUCCUUGGCUCCGGCUCCUCCAAGUCCAGCGAGGACAUCAAGACCUCUCUCCUGCAGCAGGUCCAGCAGGAGGCGGCCAUGACCAACGCCCGCGCUCUCAUCGGAAAAAUCAACGAGAACUGCUUCGACGCUUGCAUUCCCGCCCCUGGCUCUUCCCUCUCCUCCAAGGAGAACUCCUGCCUGUCUAGCUGCAUGGAGAAGUACAUCAACAUGUGGAACGUCACCAGCCGCACCUACAUGCGCCGUAUGGCUGAGGAAAGCAAGAAGAUGGGCGGUGAUGCCACAUCCCUUGCCGACAUGGGCCCCGGCCUGUAA